GAGGCAGACAGAAAGUGGGGGCGCUCAUCGACACAACGGGGAGCGCUUUUUUAGUAGACUGAGGGGGCUUUCUGCGGCCCAGAGCAUUUGCCUUCGUCCCUCGAUUAGGUUUACUGUGUCAAGUCGCCGUUGGCUGCCGUCACCACCUGGAUAUUAUUUAUAACCGACACGAAAAUUGGAUGGGACGCACACCCGGCCAAGACAAUCCCGGAAAUAACAUGCGUACUCUCAGCCUGUCACGUACGCUCGCUGAGGAUUUGCAGUGCUGUAUGACUACCGUAGAUACCCCUCUCUGUUUGAAAUUAUUUAAACGGGGCAUAGAAACGAACACGCAGCUUUAGAGUGUCUAAAUGCAAGAACGGGUAGGAUAAAAGCCAGUGGAAGAGGAUUGGGACAUGAAACUUAUAUUGUCUGUAGGAGGGCUCCUCAUCAUAAGAGAAAGCAGCGGCUCAGCUAGAAAAUGAAGCGAGGACGUGAGGUACGUGCGCACCCAGCUGAUGACGAGAUCAAAUGGAGAGUUUGGGACGGGCGGACCUUUUAAAGCCAAGCUCUUCUCGCGGAUCCGUAGCGUUUUCAGGCUCGCUAGAGAGAAAGACGAGUGGUCAGCAGCUCAUCGGUGGACCGACAGAGAUUCACCACACGUACCAAGCGACCAUGGGUCUUAACGGAUUCUGUGCGGUGUCCAACGGGAGUCCAGCGGCCGAGGAGUUACUCGUGGGGUUGGCCUCUCAGACCGACUCUAAUGGAAUCACAACCCUGACUAAGCAAGGUCUGACUAAGACCGGCGUGCCGCUUUAUAACGGCGGAAUGAUGUCUACCUCUGCCACCGUGGAGGGGAACGAGGCAAACGUUUUAGCUCCUCAUGGCCGCCCCGUACAAGUGAAUGGGGUGGCGGAGCAGACGCUCCCUCUUACCAGCAGGGGCUGUCUGAUGGAAAAUGGGGACAGGACUGCUCACGAGAACUGUUCUUUAGUAAUGAGAAGAAUCAAUGGUGACCUAAAAGUCAGACAGGCACAACAACAAAAAAGGAGGGGUGGGGAGAACCGGGACAUAGGGUCACAAAACCUUAAUGGUCACACAAUAGGGUCAACUGGUGUAGGAAGCUCUGCAGACCCAGUUUUUACAUCCGGGGAUUUAGACUGUAAGAGGAGGAAGUUGGCAGAUGGAACUGUUGCUAGCAAGUCGUCAGAGGCUUCCAGAGUGGCCCGAGCAGUAGCCCCGCUCACAGCCACUGGCAACUGUAGCAAUGGUUCCCAUAGCAACCCAAACUUCAACCCUGCUGCCUCCCAUAUUAACCAGCACAAUGGACAUUAUAUGGCAUCCUCAGACUCACCAGCUCCAACCAGCCUGACCUCAACCCGAGAAAUAAACACCAUCCAAACCCCACAACCUCAUGCAGACACUGGCUGGUCAGCAGAACGCAUUGCCAAGCAGUAUGUCAUCCCCUGCAUGAAGUACUAUGGUAUUUGUGUGAAGGAUGACUUCCUGGGCCCCCAGUUGGGCAACAAGAUCCUGGAGGAGGUGGAGGUUCUAAAUCACAGUGGGAAAUUUCGUGGAGGGCAGCUGGUGAGCCAGAAGAGCAUUCCCUCUAGGAACAUCCGCGGAGACCAGAUUGCCUGGGUGGAGGGACAAGAGCCUGGGUGCAAGAACAUCGGGGCUCUGAUGGCUCACAUCGAUGAGGCCGUCAUGUACAGCGCUGCCAAUGGACAGCUGGGGAACUGUGUCAUCAAUGGACGCACAAAGGCCAUGGUUGCCUGUUAUCCAGGUAAUGGGGCAGGUUAUGUCCGCCAUGUCGACAACCCGAAUGGUGAUGGACGCUGCAUCACAUGCAUCUACUAUCUUAACAAGAACUGGGAUGUCAAGAAACAAGGAGGUCUGCUGCAGAUCUACCCUGAAGGCAAAAAUGUGGUGGCCAACAUUGAGCCUUUGUUUGACAGACUGCUCAUCUUCUGGUCUGACCGCAGGAACCCACAUGAAGUGAAGCCAGCCUACGCCACUCGCUAUGCCAUCACAGUCUGGUACUUUGAUGCCAAAGAGAGGUCAGAGGCUAAAGAAAAGUACAAAUUGGCAACGGGACAGAAAGGUGUUCAAGUGCCUGUCACUCAAAGCAGCAGAACAUAAAACUCAAGUGAGCGAAGAGCAAUCUGAGUAUUCCGUGCCUUCCUGAACUGUUAAUGGACAUUGUGAUUACAAAGGGAGACACAAUAAAACUGUCAGUCAUCGCUGCAGCUCUUCACCACCAUCUGCUGAGUGUCAGCUGUUAGAUUACCGUUGCAAGCUGUGAUGUAACAAUGGGGCUGAAAAAUAGAGCACAGUGAGCUGGCUACGGCAAAGGUGAGGUCAGAAAUAUGAGUUGGUGCCGAAGAUCAUCUUCACCUAUGAGUACAGCCACCUGGAAAAACUCUUCAAUGUUAUUUUGUUGCAGUUUUGCCUGCUCAGUUAUCAGUGAUUUAGUGAUGUAUGGAGAUAUAAAUGUUUGACUUUGCUUUGGUGUAAUUUUUUUUUAUUUUUUAUGAAAACACUAGGAGCAGAAAUGACGACACAGGGGGUGGGGGUGGGGGGGGGGGUACAAGCAGCAGAGAUUAAUGCCCCUGUAAUUCCUUAUCCCUUCUUCUAUGUGAAGUAGUGGCCUUGUCUCAUGAUGUGGGCAAGUAUGUAUGUGUGGUAAGUAUAAAAAAAAUAAGACAGGCCUUUGCAAGACAUCCAAUGGUUAAUGCAGGGAAAAAUUGCCGGUCCUGGCUCAAGGAUGAACCCUAAAUAUUCCAGUGAUCUGCUUACAAGUUAUAGGCAGCACAUGAGGACAACUCUACACUGUAGUUUGACUUUGCAUAGAGCACUAAGUAGAGUUCACAAAUCGGGAUGUCAUCUGGGUUAGAAUGAAAAGGGGCCUCAAAAUGAUGCAAAGAAAACCACUUUUCAGUGAUCAAGUUGUCAAGACAGAACCAAGAGUGCUUAAAGCUUUUCUACAUGCUUAUUGUGCUGUUCUUACUGCGUGACUGAAUUACACGGCUCGCACCUGACAUAUAAGGCGAGCUACUCAACAGCAGCGGUCAAGACAGGGUUUUAAAGACGUGCGCUUCGUGUGUGUGUGUGUGUGUGUGUGCGUGCGUGCGUUCAUAUCGCCGUAUGCAGAUCCUGCUUGACUCCAAUGUGCUCUGACCAACACGGAAACCACAGGUGUGACCAGUGUCGAUGCUGUUGAAAAAACUGCCCUAGAAAGACACACAAAGGCAAAAGAUGGAUUAAAACAUAUUUUUUAAAAAAAAGAACAAACAAAAGCUAAACAGUAAUUAAACACCUUAACCAGUGUGAAGCACAGGGUUGAGCAUACACUGCUGAGUGAAACUUCUGCCUGUAGGAUUGAGUAUUAAAUGUGUUCUAGCACAUGUAUGAGACAAAUUCUCAUGACCUGUAGAGGGUUGCAAGUAUUGUCCCAGUGUAUGUUAAGUUGGUUAAACAAAAGGUUUUGUUUUUAUGUUUUGUUUUUAAAAGCACUUUAUCAUUUAAUAUGCCACGAUAAAAUGAUAGAAACAAUGAAACUAAAGAUGUAGGGUAAUGCCUUUCAUGUUGGAUAAUACAAUAUGAUAUUCAAAUGCAACAGAAACUAAAACAGUGAGAACAAAUUGAAAUUGUUUGCCUAUUUUUUUUAAGUAUUUAAUUAAAACAUGCCUGUUUUUGUACAUAAGGAAAUUGUAAUUGAUUUCCUCGGAAAAGAUCUAAACUAAAUCACAGCUUAAUUUAGUUUUUUUUUCUCCUCUUUUUGUAUAUAUGAUUAAACAAAGAAAGCAGCUUCGGAAAAUUUUUUAUAGAAAAGAUGCAACCACUUUCAGUUUCUUUCUACAUGAGGGAUCAAACUACCAUUAUGAUGGAGUAUUUGGCUAAGCAAAAAAAAAAAAAAAAAAAAAAUUGGCAUUUUAUUCAAUUUCUUUUAUGUAAAAAAAGCUUCAAAAGAAGAAGAAUUCAUCCAGAUCCAUUAAUCUGUAAAGCACAUGAAAAAGUGACACAUGCAUCAGGAAUCAGCUGCACCAGUACAGUCAAGCUGAGUGUGUGUGGUUCAGUAGAGAAGAGUUGCUGUCAUUGUGGUUAUUAUUAUCCCGAGAGCGAGUGUUCUAUGACACAGUCCAGAUCUCAGAAACAUUUGGCAACAGGCAUGUUGAGCAUUUUUAUAACCAAACACUGAUUUACAAGAGACUGUCUUUGUGGUUGAAAAUUCUGAACUUUAAUAAAGAUAAAUUGUUCCCUAAA